AAAUAAAGCAGAAUAAGUCUAACGCUGAACCUCUCUGUCUCUGUUUUUAUUCUCGGGAGAAGAACAGCUCUUGGUUCUGGAAGGAAAGUCCCCCCUUGAGAAUCAGUGAUUGGACCAAUCAGAGUCAGGAAAAAACAAGAGAGGGCGGGGCUUGUUUGCAAAUGGAUCCAGAAAAUGGAGAGCUAAACAGCGCCCCCUGUGGAGAGCUCAGGUUCUUCAUCUGCUCUGUCGAAGGCAGCUCUGAAGUCCUUCCCAUCGACAGGAAACCAGUUGAGUCAGACUUGGUCCCCGGUGUGAGAGUGUUUGAUGUUGUUUGGAGUUACAGCGACAUGUUGGCGGAGGACAUUCUCCGCUCGUCCUCUUUCGUCAGACAGUUCCGGACGGGUCAGCUGACGCAGGGCUGCUACACCAGCUUCCUCCAGCAGGAGGCGCUCUAUCUGCACAGAGUCAGAAGCACACUGGAGGCUCUGGUCAGCAGCGUACAGGAACCAGACGACGUGAGAUCACUGCUUCAGGACACACUGAAACACUACAGCAGCACAAACCAGACCACCCUCACUUCCCCUCCCCCACCCUGGCUCAUCUGGGCCCUGCAGUCUUUCCACUCAGUGGUUUUGGAGGAUCCCAUCUACCUGCUGGUGGCUCUGUCGGCCCGAUCCAGCCUCAGAAGCCUCCUGAUCCAGGAUCAGGAGCUUCAGUCUGGACUCGAGCAGGUGUCUGGGUCUAUCGUUACAGCUGAGAGUCUCUAUCAGGAGUGGAGACAGGACAGUCUGAAAGAGGUCACCUGGAUGCAAAGGUACAUGAAGUUGAUAGAAGAACACCGGGCCAGUCUGGAAUUGUUUAAAGCCGUAAACAUCUUCAAAGAGCACAUGAUGAACCAGAAAAGUUUCUACAAGUCACUAGACUGUGAUGCAGAGGUCCUUAGAUGAGGAAGAAGAAGAGAGUAACGGGUGCCGCAGGACAAAAAAAAACAGACGACUGGAACGGGCUCCCUCUACACAACUGGAAAUUUCCCCUCCAAGCUUUUAGGUGCAUGAGAAGUCACAGAUGGAUUUUCAAGAAGGGUUUUUUACAUUGAAAAAUAAUUUAACAAAAAGGCGUGAAUGACAGAUGUAAUGUAGGAAAAACGCAAAACACCACGCGUUUAAAUAUGAGCUGGCCUACCAAGUGAGGGUAUGGUUGCCUGGGAAAACGUACCAAACCGUUACCAAACCAAACUAAAUGGAACCAAUCCGGACCACUUGGUGGAUACUGGGCUAUAGUGAAUAUGGACACGGAUCAAACCAUUUAAAAAACCAAACAAGUGGAGGAGUUCAACAUGAAGACAAAAACAAGAAAAAUGUAAGUAAACAAGAGGUCUAUAAGUUUAAAUAUUUAUUCAACACCAUCACAGAAAAUACAAAUUAAACAAAAAUUAAGAAAAAUCUGUUAACUAUUAAACCCCCCUUUGUAAGAACUUGGUACAGUCUGAUUGGAACACUGACAACUAAAAAACAAAUAUGAAAGCUUGCCGUUACUGUACAGAGUAAAUGUCAACUAAUGAAGUGACAAUGAUGUUAAAUUGUGUUUCAAUAGGUCUGUUUGCUUAAGCAUGUAUAUUUGGAAUAUAGCAAACUGUUCAUGAGGUCAAAAGGAAGAACUUAGAACUCUUAGCUGAGUGUGUCAGUGAGAGUGGGAGGAUUAUAGGUUUUUAAAUUAACUGUGUGUCUGCAUUAGAGUUAAAAAUUGGUUGAAUAUUGAAGUUCAAGUUCAAGUUAUCUUUAUUAGUCAAAUGCACAACAUAACAGGCAUAGCAGUCAUAGCUGGCAAUGAAUUUUUUGUGUUCCAAGCUCUCCUUAACAAUGCAAAAAUAAAAAAUAGUAUAGAAGAUAAGAGUAAAGAGUAACAACGUACAGUGCAACUGAACUGCCCUCAUUUUGUGGGCGGAGCCAGUCACUGUUGACUUCUGUUUUAAUGAAAUAUGAAUAAAACUUUUUUUACCAGCCUUCUUGUAAUUCAGAUUUUCAUUGACUAAUUUACCUUUUUAUACUUCCAAGUGCAUCUUUGACUGGAGUUUUCUGAAUUCAGACAGCUGUCUCUGUCUCCCUCUGCAGGCCAAAACAGGACACUGCACUCUGUAAAAUACACAGGUCCUUCAAAUACACAGUGUCUGGUGCUUUUGAUACUUCUUUAACAAGUAUCCUACUCUACAAUUAUGUACUAGUUCUAUCGCUAUAUAAACCACUAAUAUCAUUAAUACAUAAAACCCAUAACUACUAACAAAUCUUGCUAGCUUUUAAGUGAUUUAUAAAGUAUAAUAAAGAUGCUUCUUCUAAUUUAAAUAUGACUUGUUUCCUGCAACUGUCACCAUUGUAGGUGUUUUCCGACCGCAAGAACUUCUUCAUAGUUCUAGGAACUGUUGGAAUCCUUCCCCUUUUUUAUUGUUUCUGCACCGCAGGAAGUAUAGUUCCUGGAAAACUGUUAAAAGGAACCUUUUUAGCUCCUGCGUCAGAGUAGGUACCAUCGCGGUGCAAAUGCAGAAAAAAAAAAGUCCCCAUGGUUUGUAGUCCUUAGGGAAUUCACAAGUGGAUAGUUCCUCUUCAAAAAGUUCCCAGAACUGUUUGGUCCGAAAACAUCUACUGCUACUACUACAAUAAGUACCACUGGUUCUGCUUUAAAGGCUGCCACUAUUUAAACUAUUACUGUACUCAUGAAUGAACUACCGCUACUACUAAUAGUCCAGAUUCUGAUUCAGAUUUAGACAACUCUAUUUAUCCCAGACGUGCACUUCAGUGUCACGGCCUUCCGAGUCGUUAAAGGAGGAUUAACAUGUCAACAAAUCAGAAACCAGAUCUUCAAAAAUACAAAUACAAUGCCAGAAAUGUAUUCAGUCGAUGGAUCAAUGAAUGUUGUUUCAAGACCUGACCAUAACCAAUUAAAGUUGUUCGGCAUCCAACAGCA